UGCUUAGUUUAGCCGAGGGCGUGCUUUCCACAACCCGACGUCUCGUCACAAAAUCGAAGGAUGAAUGUCACGUGAUUAACGCAAACAAUAUGGCGGCGCCCUGUGCUGUAAAGUGUUUGGUAAGACGAGGUUGUGCUGCGUUGCUCCAGACUGGUAGCAGGGUACGCCCACCCUGGGGAGGCCAGGCUGAGCCAUGCCGCUCUUUCUUCUGGAGGAAGUGGCAAAGGUCUCACAGCUUAGUGCGUCCAGCAGUUGUGCACCCAGCAUACACUGUUCCCAAGCACAUAAUGAGGCCAGACUAUGUGACGACAGGCACCGUGCCAGACUGGGCAGACUACAUAGAAAUUAAAGAUGAAGAUCAGAUUCAGGGUUUGCGGAGAGCCUGUCAGCUGGCGCGCCACAUCCUGCUGCUGGCUGGGAGGAGCUUGAAGGUUGGCAUGACAACUGAUGAAAUAGACUUUAUUGUUCAUCAAGAGGCAAUCAGACAUAAUGCCUACCCCUCUCCCCUGCGCUAUGGAGGCUUUCCAAAAUCAGUCUGCACCUCAGUGAACAAUGUGGUGUGUCACGGCAUACCUGACAGUCGGCCUCUUCAAGGAGGAGACAUUAUCAACAUUGAUGUCACAGUGUACCUGGAGGGUUACCAUGGUGACACCUCCGAGACGUUCCUCAUUGGCGAUGUAGAUGAGCAAGGCAGGAGGCUGGUGGAGGCAGCAAGGAGAUGUCGGGAUGAGGCUAUCGCAACCUGCGGGCCCGGUGCCCCUCUCUGCAUCAUAGGGAACACAAUCAGCCAGAUAGCAGACUCCUAUGGGUUCCAAGUGUGUCCAUAUUUUAUUGGACAUGGGAUUGGGUCCUAUUUUCAUGGUCACCCAGAGAUAUGGCAUCAUGCCAAUGACAACGACAUGCUUAUGGAGGAAGGGAUGGCUUUCACUAUAGAACCAAUCUUAAUGGAGGGAUCAUCCAAAUUUAAAAUCCUAAAGGACAAAUGGACUGCAGUCUCCAUGGAUGAUAUGAGAUCGGCCCAGUUUGAGCAUACGGUUGUGAUCACGUCGGAUGGUGUGGAGAUUCUGACCGAGCAUUCUGAUGUGGACUAAACAUCAGGACGGAAAGUUAUAGCUGAGAUGCAAAUCUACAAGAGAUAGUGGUGAACCCCUACAUUGCUUUGUAAAAGAGUGCUCUAAAGGAAUAACAUUAUUUAAAUAAAGUGCCAACUCUGUUUUGAGUAUGAAUAAAAGCUUGUGUCUUGUGUC